AUCUUUUUUCUCAUAAUUCUGUUAUAGAAUUCUCUAUAAAUAAGUAUGUUAUUCUGCUUGAAUAAUCAAGGAAGAAGAAAGUUUUUUUUUUCCUUUCAUUUUUUUUAGGUUUAUCUUCAUGGUAUCAGAGCAGCUAUUCUGAUCCUUGCCCAUUGUUUUCGGGUUAGCCAGAAUCGCAAAUGGCUUCCGGUGGAACGUCAUCUUCUCCACCCGAGGUCUCUUCAGGGCCUUUCUUUCCUUCAUCACUCAACCAAGGCCUGGUUGAUCAGUCUUCAUCUCUAAUUACAGGUCACAAACUAAAAGGAAACAAUUAUUUGCAGUGGUCAUCUUCAGUAUUGCUUUUCAUCCGGGGCGAAGGCCGUGAGGAGUAUCUCACCGGUGAAGCAACGCCGCUCCCGACAACCAACCCCAAUGCGCGAACAUGGAAGAUGGAGAACAACCUCGUGAUGUCGUGAGUUUUACUCAACAAAGGAGAAUACUUCAACCAUUUUUGAGAUUGAGUCCGCCCUCCAUAAUCUCUGACAAGGUGAGUAUACUGUGACUCAAUACUAUAACAUCCUAACUCGCAGUUGACAACAACUUGAUAUGUUUGAGGAGCAUCGAUGGAAUUGUGCGGACGAUGCAAAAGCUUUUCAAGUAAUUACAUAACGCAAACGAAUUUUCAAGUUCUUGUUGGGUUUGAACUCUUAUCUCGAUGACGUGCGCGACCAAAUACUGGGCUUGAAGCCGCUGCCCAAUAUUCGUGAAGUUUUUUUUGAGGUCCGACGAGAGGAGAGUUGGAAGAAAGUCAUGAUGGGAGAAGGACAGACCGCGACAACUGCAGCCAAGAACGCGUAUACCCUCACGACGCAUCUGGACAGUCGAGGCAAGAAAGGUCGGCCCUUAUGUGAUUAUUGUAAGAAGCCCGGCCGUGUGCGCAAUCGGUGUUGGAAACUCCAUGGAAAGCCGGCUGACCGAAAGCUUUCAAGACCAGAAAAUGCGACUGAGCUUCAGGGAAAUUUGUUGAUAGCAACCGGUGAAGAAGCUCCCUCAACAGCAGCGGAAAAGUGUCUUUUUACUCAUGAGCAGCUUGAGAUGCUCCAGAAAUUAUUUUCCAAGAGUUCUGCUAAUGUGAUUGUUGCUCACAAAAGUAAGAAUUUUCAUAGUCUCAGUUUUACAGCUUGCUCAACAAGUGGAUAGACCUAAAUAGUUGAUUUCGGGGCAUCCGAUCAUAUGAUUAGUAAUGCUUUCUUAUUUCAAGAUUACAGACCGUGCACUGAGUGUUUUACAAUUAAAAGUGCUGAUGAGUCUAUCUCGAUAGUGGUUGGAAUCGGGUCUGUUAUUAUAUCACCAAAGAUGACUCUACGUUCUGUUCUCUUUAUACCUAAUUUGGACUGUAACUUGCUAUCAGUAAGUAAGCUAUCUGGGGAACUUAACUGUGUUGCUAAAUUUGGUUCAACAUUGUGUGAAUUUCAGGACUUGGACUCUGGGAAGACGAUUGGCAGUGUUAGGAUGAAAUCUGGUCUCUACCUACUUCAAGCUGCCCUUUCUAGUAGACAAACUCAAAAAAUAGUAUGUGCUAAUUCAGUUUCUACAAGUAGCCCUAGUAGUGAAAAUGAAAUUAUGUUAUGGCAUUUUCGCCUAGGAGAUCCAAAUGUCUUGUAUUUAAAAAGAAUCUUUCCUUCAUUAUUCACGAAUAAAAAUUUACUUUAAUUUCAAUCCGAAGUUUGCCAGUUCCCUAAACAUAUUUGAAGUUCAUUUCCUGGUAUAAAAUAUAAACCCUCAAAACCCUUUUCAUUAAUUCACAGUGAUGUCUGGGGUCCCUCCAGAAUCACUAACAUAUCCGUAAAUAAGUGGUUUGUAUUUUUUAUUGAUAACCAUAUUAUAAUCACUUGGGUGUUCCUUAUGAAAGAAAAAUAAGAAUUUAGUGUAAUUUUCAAAAAAUUCUGCACCAUGAUCAAAACCCAGUUCGUUACUACCAUACAAGUAUUGAGAUCCAAUAAUGCAUGUGAGUAUUUUGAGUCAACCCUUAAAAACUACCUUGCAGAAAAUGGGAUAAUUCACCAAAAUUAUUGUGCCUAUACUCCUCAACAAAACGGCAUAGCCGAGAAGAAAAACAGGCACAUCCUUGAAGUUGCUCGAUCCAUUAUGUUCACCUCACAUGUUCUAAAACAGUUUUGGGGGGAAGCCUUACUUACUGUCACCUAUUUAAUAAACAAAAUGUCUUACCGCAUACUACAGUUUCAAACACACUAUGAGCUUCUUUCACAGUUUUUUUCAAACUCUCACAUUUUAAAUUUUUUACCACUUGAAGUAUUUGGGUGUUCUGCCUAUAUUCAUGUUCAUUCUCAUCUACGAGGCAAACUUGAUCCUAGAGCUUUCAAGUGUAUUUUUGUUGGGUAUUCUUCCAAUCAAAAGGGAUACAAAUGUUUUUUCCUAGAUAUUAGUUGGUUUUGCAACACUGUGGAUGUAACAUUUUUCGAAAAUCAAUCAUUUUAUACCAAAAGUGAUAUUCAGGGGGAGAAAGUUACUCAGGAAUAUCACCUUUGGGAUGCCAUCAUAUCUUUACCUAUUCCAGUCCACUCAAGCCCUUCACAGAUACUAUUCACACAACAUGAGCCUAAACCAAAAUCUGUUGUAGGAACUAAGGACACAUUUCUUGCAGUAAAUGAGUUACGUAUCUACACUAGGAGGAACAAGGCUCAGAAAGGGAAACCACCAGAAGAGACCGAACUCUGUUAUGACUCAAUCUUGUUUCCAACUGUCCAGGCUUCACUAGGUAAUAAUGCUUCAAACCCUACUACUGAUGAUGAUCUGACUAUUGCAUUGAGAAAAAAUACCAGAUCUUGCACUAAUCAUCCUAUACAAGAUUAUGCGUCAUUUGACAAUUUGUUUUCAGAAUAUCAUGCAUUUGUGAGUAAACUAGAUAACUCUCCAUAACCGAAAACUGUUCAUGAAGCCCUUCAAAUACCAGAAUGGAGAGCAACUAUUCAAGAAGAGAUGAGAGCUCUUGAGAAGAAUGAGACAUGAGAGCUGAUUGAACUGCCCUCAGGAAAGCACUAGGUAGGAUGUAAAUGGGUUUUUACAACCAAAUAUAGUCCUGAUGGUAGUAUAAACAGAUACAAAGCUCGCCUUGUUGCAAAAGCAUUCACACAGUCAUAUGGAAUAGAUUAUCAAGAGACUUUUGCCCCUGUUGCCAAACAUAAUACGAUACGGAUACUGUUUUCUCUUGCAUCAAAUCUUGAUUGGCCCUUGUUUCAGGUAGAUGUGAAGAAUGCAUUUCUUAAUGGUGAUUUGGAAGAAGAAGUUUAUAUGGAUAUUCUGCCAGAAUUUGAAAUAUCUGAGAGCCCUCAUAAGGUGUACAGACUUAAGAAAUCACUCUAUGGACUCAUGCAAUCACCAAGAGCAUGGUUCGAGAGGUUCACAAGAGCAGUAAAGUAAGUUGGGUAUGAGCAGUGUCAGUCCGACCACACUCUUUUCAUCAAGCAUGGUGAUUCAAGUAAAAAGUUUAUUUUGAUUGUAUAUAUUGAUGACAUCAUUAUUACAAGAGAUCACUGUGAGGAGAUCCAGAGAUUAAAAGAAUAUCUGGCAAAAGAAUUUGAUAUCAAGGACCUUGGAGCACUCAAA